AUGUUGAGCUGGGUCCAGAGGGUGCUGCCCCAGCCCCCAGGAACCCCUCAGAAGACCACGACAGAGGAAGAGGAGGGGGCAGAACCAGAGCCAGAGGUGGAGCCGGAACCAGGGCCAGAGCCUGAAACAGCCCCGGGGGAGGCUGAGCAAGGGGCUGAAUCCUUGCCACCUGAGGAGCCUUUGGGGGUAGAGGAACUGGCUGUAGCUGACCCAGGCCCUGAGGACAUCCAGGAGGCUGCCCCUACUUCGCCUACAUCCCUCCAGGCCCAGGUCACCGUGGUUCCUGAAGUGAACAGCAGUUCCAGCAGCUCUGUGCUGAGCUGGCUCAAGAAGGGCAUGGAGAAGGUUGUCCCACAGCCGGUCCCCAGUGGCGGGCCCGCCCAGAGCGCUGCUGCUGGCCCAGAGAGUCCUGCUCAGGCAGGAGCACAGACAUCCGGGCAGUGCAACACUGGGGGCUCAGAUGGACUCGUGGAGGCCCCUGGGGCCCAGGACACCAGGUCUGGACCCUGGCUGCUCAGGUGGCUUGAGCAGAAUCUGGAGAAAGUGCUUCCUCAGCCCCCAAAAACCUCCAAGGACUGGAGAGAUGAGCCUGAAGAUGCUGUCUUGGGCUCAGAGAACCCAGAACCGACCUUGGAAACUGAGCCCAUGCUGCAGGCUCCGGAGAGCCCUUGCAUGCCCACGGCGGGCCCCCCGGAGCCCAAGGAGGGGCUGACCUCAGAGCCCCAGCCCAGCUCCCAGGCUUCCUCCCUGCUGUCCCCCAGCGACCCUGCCAGGUUGAUGGCUUGGCUCCUGCACAGGCUGGAGAGGGCCUUGCCGCAGCCCACGCUCCACGGGAAGGCUGGGGAGCAGGAGCCUGAUGCCCCUGGGACAUGUGACGUGCAGCCAAUCUGCAUCCUCCCUGGAGGCCAAGAGGAGCCCGAUCUCAUCCUAGAAGAGGUUGACCCUCACUGGGAGGAGCAUGAACAUCAGGAUGGCGGCACUGACCUGCAGGGCUCAGAGGUGGUUCCAGCUGAUGAAGAGGAGAAUGAAGCCUUGGAAGAGAUGCCCAGGGAGCUGCCCCAGAUUCAAGAGGAAAGAGAAGAUGAGGAGGAGGAGGGAGAGGAAGAGGAAGAAGAGGAGGAGGAGCCGGAUGUCCUGCUGGAUAGCUGUCUGGAGGUGCAGGCUGGUGAGGAUCGAAGUGGAGUAGACGGGACCCAGCCCCAGAAGGCCUUGCAGCAGGAGCUGCCCAAGGAAGAGGCCGUGACUGUCAGUCCAGAAGUGCCGGCUACAAAGGAGCUCCCGGAAGUGCAGGUGGAAGAUGCGGACGCGGCCCACCAUCCCCUCAUCGUGGAGAACCCACCCACACCCGAGCUGCCACCACCCUCUCCUGCCAAAUCCGACACCCUCGCGGUCCCAGGAUCUGCCGCAGGGUCCGAAAGGAAGAGGCUGCCCUCCCAAGAUGAUGACGUUGAAGAGCUCAAGGCACUGGCACCAGCUGAAUCACCCAUGGUCGCCUGGUUGGACCCGUCCAGCCCACAGGGCACUGAUGGCCAGGAUCGUGCAGCCUCGGCGGCCAGCCAGAACAGCGCCAUCAUCAACGACCGGCUCCAGGAGCUGGUGAAGCUUUUCAAGGAGAGGACAGAGAAGGUGAAGGAGAAGCUCAUCGACCCUGACGUCACCUCCGAUGAGGAGAGCCCGAAGCCCUCCCCAGCCAAGAAAGCCCCAGAGCCAGCCCCGGAAGAGAAGGCGGCUGAGGCCGGGCAGACUGAGGAGGAGCACUAUUGCGACAUGCUCUGCUGCAAGUUCAAGCGCCGCCCCUGGAAGUCCUACCGGUUUCCGCAGAGCAUCGACCCGCUGACCAACCUGAUGUACAUCCUGUGGCUGUUCUUCGUGGUGCUGGCCUGGAACUGGAACUGCUGGCUGAUUCCCGUGCGCUGGGCCUUCCCCUACCAGACGCCGGACAAUGUCCACCUGUGGUUGCUGAUGGACUAUGUGUGCGACCUCAUCUACCUCCUGGACAUCACUGUGUUCCAGAUACGCCUGCAGUUUGUCAGAGGGGGAGACAUCAUUACCGACAAGAAGGAGAUGCGCAAUAACUACCUGAAAUCUCGUCGCUUUAAGAUGGACCUUCUCUGCCUCCUGCCCUUGGACUUGCUCUACCUGAAGUUUGGUGUGAAUCCCCUCCUGCGCUUGCCCCGCUGUUUGAAGUACAUGGCCUUCUUCGAGUUUAACAGCCGCCUGGAAGCCAUCCUCAGCAAAGCCUAUGUUUACAGGGUGAUCAGGACCACGGCUUACCUGCUCUAUAGCCUACACGUGAACUCUUGUCUGUAUUACUGGGCAUCAGCCUAUCAGGGCAUCGGCUCCACUCACUGGGUUUACGAUGGCGUGGGAAACGGUUACAUUCGCUGUUACUACUGGGCUGUGAAGACCCUCAUCACCAUUGGUGGGCUGCCUGACCCCAAAACGCUCUUUGAAAUCGUCUUCCAGGGCCUGAACUAUUUCACGGGUGUCUUCGCUUUCUCUGUGAUGAUCGGACAGAUGAGAGACGUGGUGGGGGCCGCCACCGCCGGGCAGACCUACUACCGCAGCUGCAUGGACAGCACUGUGAAGUACAUGAACUUCUACAAGAUCCCCAGGUCCGUGCAGAACAGGGUCAAGACCUGGUACGAGUACACCUGGCAGUCCCAAGGCAUGCUGGACGAGUCAGAACUGAUGGUGCAGCUUCCAGACAAGAUGCGUUUGGACCUUGCCAUUGACGUGAACUAUAACAUCGUCAGCAAAGUGGCUCUCUUCCAGGGCUGUGACCGGCAGCUGAUCUUUGACAUGCUGAAGAGGCUCCGUUCUGUUGUCUACCUGCCCAACGACUACGUGUGCAAGAAGGGGGAGAUUGGUCGAGAGAUGUACAUCAUCCAGGCGGGACAGGUGCAGGUCCUGGGUGGCCCUGAUGGGAAGGCCGUGCUGGUGACACUGAAGGCUGGAUCUGUGUUUGGAGAAAUAAGCUUGCUGGCUGUUGGGGGCGGGAAUCGGCGCACGGCCAAUGUGGUCGCCCACGGGUUUACCAACCUCUUCAUUCUGGACAAGAAGGACCUGAAUGAAAUUUUGGUGCAUUACCCUGAGUCUCAGAAGUUACUCCGGAAGAAAGCCAGGCGCAUGCUGAGAAACAACAACAAGCCCAAGGAGCCCAAGAGCGUGCUCAUCCUGCCACCCCGGGCAGGCACCCCCAAGCUCUUCAACGCCGCCCUCGCCGCAGCAGGAAAGAUGGGCAAGGGGGCCAAAGGCGGCAAGCUUGCCCACCUGAGGGCCCGGCUCAAAGAGCUGGCUGCGUUGGAGGCCGCGGCGAGGCAGCAACAGCUGCUGGAACAGGCCAAGAGCUCGCAAGACGCUGCGGGAGAGGUGGGCCCGGCCGCCCCGGAGCAGCCAGCACCGCCGCAGCCGGAGGCCCCGGAGCAACCAGAGCCCCCAGCCCCGCGCUCUCCGCCCCCCGCCUCCCCAGGGAGGCCCGAGGAAGGCGGGGAGUCGGAGGCCGCGCACUCAGAGCCCUCCGUGCGGAUCCGCGUGAGCCCGGGCCCGGAUCCCGAUGAGGAGACCCUGUCGGUGGAGAUCCCGGAGGAGAAGAAGGAGGGCGAGUGAGGCGGCCCCCAGCGCGCCGCUCCCGGCCCAGCAGGUGCAGGCGCGCCCUCCCCGCGCCCCAGGCGGGUCCCCAGCCCCCGCGCCCGGCUCGCGCAGGCCCAGCUUCCCCGGGCACAGUAGAGGCUGUCGUACCUGCCCCGGCCUCAGCUUCUGCCACGGCUCGUCUUGAAGUCAACAAAUGUAGUGUUCGUGUCCCUAAGUUCCCUCACCUGAGAACCUUGCCUCUCCCGACUAUGGUUUUUAAGAACAAAAUUCUUUUCCUAUUUUAGAAGUUGAUAGAGCAGAGAAGGGGGCUUCAGCACCUGGGAAGCUCCGUUGGCGGCUACAGGGUUAUUAUGGAAUGUUGGAAUCUCAUCUCCCACAUUUCAAGGAUAGAAAACCAUGGGCAGAUGGGGCGCCUGGCUUGCUCAGCCCCAUGGGGCAUCUGAGUCUUGAUUUCAGGGUCCUGAGUGCGAGUCCCACGUUGGGUGUAGAAAUGACUUUAAAAACCUUGUCAGCAGAAAGGGCGGUUAUGAUAUUCUUUGGACUAAAUGGGAAUCCUGGCUCCCCCGACCUGACGAUCCAUCCUGGGCAGUCACGUUAGGGACCUUGUGCUCAUUCGGGAGGUUAGUGCAGAUCUUCCCCAGGCUGUGUUCAGUUCCCAGUCCGAUGCCAGUAUCUCAGAACAGAUCAAAUGCAAGUGGGCUUACCGGCUGGGAGCGAUUCGGAGAACCUGCCAGUCCGCCGAGUCUGGUCUGUGGGGGAUCAUGCUUGCUUGCUUUUGACACCCUUGCUCUAACGGUGGUGGCAGCAACUUCCAUUAAUCCUAGGAGACAGAAAUCAACAGCUCACAUCACUGACAUUCCUGAACCUUCUCCAGAUAAGACCUGUUGUUCUGUUUCAUUUUAGAGGUUUAUUUAUUUAUCUAUCAGAGAGAGAAAGCAAGCACAAGCAGGGAGGAGUGGCAGGUAGAGGGAGAAGCAGGCUCCCCGCUGAACAGGGAGCCCAGUGAGGGACUCGAUCCCAAGACCCUGGGAUCAUGACUUGAGCCGAAGGCAGACUCUUAACCAACUGAGUCAGCCAGGCAUUCCCAAGUCCUGUUGUUUUAAUGAUUCAAGAUAAAAGAGGGGUGGGUGGGGUGGGGAGGAAUCAGUCAGUCACCGAAUAUUGGGAGGAUUUUAUUUGCAUACCUAAUGGCUCUUAGAGGAGUGGGUGAUUAACAACAAAAACUAGUAUUGGGCUAUUUGUUUCCACCGGCAACAAUGAACACAAAAGGCCUGGAAUUCCAAUAGAUACUGCCCACUUUAUGUAAAAUCACAGGACCUUGCACCCUGCAACAGAUGCCGUCGAGGGCUUGCAAAUGUCUGUGUUUGUCCAUCAGACUAAACGCAGGACAUUCAUCUCCCCUGUGAAAAAAUGACACAAUAUGGGAGUUGCCAGGCUGCUCUAAGCAUUUCCAGAUCCCAGGGUGACACAUUCAUCUAGCUGGUGACUUACCAUGUGAUCUGAGUCAUCACAUUGAAUAGAAUGAUGGGCGGCAUGAUUUUAGCCAUUUAAAAAGCUUUUAUUAAUUUGCUUUCAUAGCCAAUACCAUAUUUUCACGGAUACGAAAGGCUAUGCGGUUCAAAUGAUCUCUCCUACCCCUGGUGCCCAGGCUGGGAGCAAACCACUACAUCAGUUCCUUUCACCCUUCCUUUUUCUCUUUUCUUUUUUUUUUCCCCCCUGUACACAAAUAGUAACAUACUAGAGCUGCUGUUGUUUUUCCUUGGAUUUAUUUGGAAGGUCUUCCCUUCUUAGUACAUGGAGGGCGUGCUGAUCUUUCAUGCCUGCCAUCUGGUCCAUUGUAUGCAAGGACCGUGACGUUGAACGGCUCUCCCAAGGACGGUCGUUGGCAAUGUUACCAAUCUCAUGCUGUUAAAAAAAUAAAUAAAUAAGUAAGGCAGCAACACGCAAACGUCUUAUGCAUAAUUUCAUACAGUAAGCACUGUUUCCAAAUAGGGGAAGUCUGGAGGUUUGGGCUAAUUUUUGUCUUCAUCAUUCCCAUUUAUCAUACUCAUAUUUGCACUGCAUAUUCUAAGAUCCAAGCAUAGAGAAUGCUUCUAUCUAUAGCCAAGUAUUUCAGAUGUAUCAAUACGGUCCAUGUAUUACCCUCCAAUAGAUGGCAAAAUGUUUCAAAGGCACCUUCACUGUGAGAUCUUAUUUUAUAAGGAAUCUUUUUUUUUUAAUAUGAACACACUCAUUCUUUUAGAUAUCAACCCUUGAAUGUAUACUGCUUAUUAUAUAAAGCGAGAGAUUCUUGAGGUUCCCAAGAAUUGUCCCGGAAAGAAAAUUGAUUUUGAAAUGAGAUUAGCGGUGUCUUAAUUUCACUGUGAUAUUUCAUUAAACUUGAAGCUUUCACGAAAGUUGGAUAGUAGAUAAAUUGAAUUUGAGGCUAACAUUAUUCUCCAAAUAGAAUUGGACUGGUUGGUCGCCAAGGUAUGGCUGGUACAGCUCAGAAUACUGUAAUUCUGCAGAUGAAACAGAAUCUUUUACUUAUGUGUGUUGAAUAUGUACCGAUUUCAAAUAUCUCCACAUUUCCUGUACUGAGGUAGAAAAUGAAUAGCAAACUAUUUUUUUAAGUAUAUAAAUAUUUUAAAUAAGAUUAAAACAGAAGCUGUGUAAAAUUUCAUUAUCAAAAUGUGUUUGGCUACCUAGAAUAUUUUCAUCUGUUUUCUUAGCAAACAUGAACACUGCACUUAGAUGCUGGCUUUCAUCCUAUUACAAUGCAUUUUAAUUAAAGUGUUUAGACAAAU